AAGAAAACACACAAGACGUGUGUGGAUGGAGGAGGGUGAAAACGGUAAAAAGAGCUAACCAUUUCAUUUGCUUGUUGCGUUUGUUGUUUUUCAUUUUGAUCUGAUAUCAUAUCAUUCGAGCUCUGAAUGCUUCUCCCUCCAUAAUAACAAAACCAACACCCUCUUUCUCUUUCUCUCUUCUUCAUUUCCAAUGCUGCAGCAAUCUGCAAGCUUCAUAGGCACUACGACAGACCCAAUUGAAUUCCCGAGAAAGAAUUGAAGAGAAAAAACCGUAAAGUUAGGAUCUUUUGUGUGAUUUCGAUGGGUGCGUACAGAGCGGACGAUGAUUACGACUACUUGUUCAAGGUGGUGUUGAUCGGAGACUCAGGCGUUGGGAAAUCGAACCUCUUGUCUCGUUUCACGAAGAACGAAUUCAGCUUGGAAUCCAAAUCCACCAUUGGCGUCGAAUUCGCCACCCGCAGCAUCCACGUCGAUGACAAGAUCGUCAAGGCUCAAAUUUGGGACACGGCAGGCCAAGAAAGAUAUCGCGCAAUCACAAGUGCAUAUUAUCGAGGGGCUGUUGGUGCACUGCUUGUGUAUGAUGUUACCAGACAUGUGACUUUUGAAAACGUGGAGAGAUGGUUAAAGGAGCUUCGUGAUCACACAGAUGCCAACAUUGUAAUCAUGCUUGUGGGGAACAAGGCGGAUCUUCGUCACUUGCGUGCUGUCUCCACAGACGAUGCCAAGGCAUUUGCCGAGAGAGAAAAUACGUUUUUCAUGGAAACAUCUGCUCUUGAGUCCUUGAAUGUCGAUAAUGCCUUCACCGAAGUGCUCACUCAGAUAUACCGCGUUGUUAGUAGGAAGACUCUUGAGAUUGGGGAUGACCCUGCAGCCUUGCCCAAGGGGCAGACCAUCAAUGUUGGCAGUAGGGAUGAUGUCUCAGCUGUUAAAAAGUCUGGAUGCUGCUCUGCUUAGUUUCACAAGCCUUUUGCAGCAGAAUAGAAUAAUAUCUAUAUGUGCAUGAUUCAACCAAUUCUCAACAUUUUGGAGUCCAAGUGAAAUCUUUUAAUACCUACACUUCUCUUUUUAUGUAGUUUUUCCCACAUAUCUUGGCAAGUUUAUUGUUUUCUCUUUUUCUUUUUCUUUUCUUUUCAUGUAAGUGUUUGGUCAUAGGAAUGAUGUCUUGUUGUUCUUAAAUAUACAAAAUAUACUGUUUGUAUUGAGUGAAAGUGAUAUUUGGUUCUUAGAUUGAUCAGAAGUUACAAUCUCA